GUCUUUGUUAGUUGCAAUUAGAUAUUUUGUGACAGUGUAAGAGACAAAAUUAGUUAAUUAUCAAAAAAUGGCCAUGGCUAGUGAGCAACGAUUAAGCCAUCCACCAGGAGCGGAUAUCACGAUAGACGAAGAAAAAGACAGCGAAAUUUGUAAAUUUUAUAAAGACACAACUGUUUUAAUAACAGGCGCAACUGGUUACCUUGGAAAAUUAGUAAUGGAAAAAUUAUUAAGGAGCUGUGAUGUUAAAAAGAUAUUUAUUAUAAUUAGAGAAAAGAAAGGCAAAGAUCCCCAAAAAAGGUUUGACGAAAUAUUUGAUGAACCAUGUUUUGAACCUAUAAAAAGGAAAAAUCCCACAUUUAAACAAAAAAUUCAAGUAUUGAUUGGAGACGCACAAUUCCCAAAUUUUGGUUUAUGUGACGAAGAUAUAGAAACUCUAAAAGCGGAAUGUCAAGUAGUCUUUCACUAUGCUGCUACUGUCAGAUUUGAUGAAAAAAUUAGAACAGCUACAUAUAUUAACAUAAGAGCUGUAAGGGACCUUAUAAAAAUAACCAAAGAAAUGAAACAUUUAAAGGCAUUUUUACAUUGCUCCACAGCGUAUUCAAAUUGUAUACAUCCUGUUAUAGAAGAAAAAUUUUAUGAUCCACCUGUCGAUCCAGAGACGUUAAUAAAUUUAGUAGACACCUUGGAUGAAAAUACUUUACUCGCCAUUACUCCAGGAUUACUUGGUAAAUAUCCAAAUACGUAUACAUUUACAAAAUGUAUCGCUGAAGACAUUGUAAGAAAGGAAGCAAAAAAUAUACCAGCUGCUUUACUUCGACCUUCCAUAGUGAUCGCUACAGCCAAGGAACCUAUAGGUGGUUGGAUAAAUAACGUAUAUGGUGCCACAGGCGUCCUAUUGGGCGCGGCUCUAGGCGUUUUACGAGUGAUGCAAUUAAAGAAAACAAAUAAUGCCGAUUUAGUGCCAGCAGAUUUCGUUGUUAACAGUUCUAUAGCAGCUGCUUGGGAUGUUGCUUGUGCUAAGAAUAUACACGAAAAGAAACAAAUUCGAGAAGAGGAAAGUAAACAAGAAAAAGAUAACAUAAAUGUCUACAAUUAUGUCUCGACACCAGAGAAACCAAUAAGUUGGAGUGAAUUUGAAAACUUGGGGGAAAAAUAUGGCAAACAAAUACCUUCUGAAAAAUGUAUAUGGUAUUACUUUUUCUUUACCGUAGAAAGUUAUUGGGUAUACGCACUAACAAAAUUCUUUUUACAUACUGUUCCAGCUAACGUAAUAGACUUUCUAGCAAGAUGUAUAGGCAAAGAACCAAUGAUGGUGAAAGGUUACCAAAAAAUAAAUAAAUUUGCAGAAAUCCUCGCGUUCUUUGGCCUGAAUAGUUUUAAAUUUAGCAACCAAAAUGUUCAGUCCAUGUGGAAGAAACUGAAUGAGAAAGACAAAGAGAUGUUUGAAUUCAGCAUGGCGAACUUAGACUGGAGUAUUUACUUCCGUACAUAUGUAAGAGGAAGUAGGUUGUAUCUUCUACAGGAUACAUUAGACACUGUACCCAAAGGAAAAGUUAAAUAUUAUAAAUUAAUGUUUGCCCACUACGCACUUCUUACAAUAUUUUUAGCUGUAUUUAUUAAAAUCUUUAUGAUAUUAUUUAAUUUUAUUUUUAAUUAAUGUUAAAUAAAUAUUAUUAAAGUU